CGCGAAACCUCCAGACUGUGGCGCGUCUGGAAGACCACUAAGCAGCUGUGCUACGACAGAACCAUCAGGACUGACGCUCGAAUCCCANNGGGCUACGAACUUGCCGAAGACGAACUCGAUGUCUCCCUCGAUCAGUUCCGCGAACAAUGCGGCGACGGCAGCGGCGCAGUCAAGUACCUCUCCCCACCAACCUACGCCUAUCUUUCUCACACGACCCACCGUUCUAACACUCUAUGCGCUUGCAGCAAAUCCAAGAUGAACUUCCAAGCCCGUCCCUCAGAAGCUAUGCUCACAAAAUACACCGCUCUGCCCACAAAGUCCAACCCCAACCCCGAACCCCAAAUCGGCACCAUCUACGUCGAGUUCAGCACGGAAACCGCAAUCGGCAUCAAGCAUCUACGCAACUACGCCCAAUUCCUCAACGACAGAAACUUUUACUCUGGAAUCUACAUCACCAGCGCUUCCGUCACCACUUCUGCCCUCAAGCAAGCUGCGAAUCUGCCUAUUGGCAUCGAGGUCUUCCAAGAGACUGAUUUGCUGGUUAAUAUUACAAAGCACGAGUUGGUGCCUAAGCAUAUCUUGCUUAGUCCCGAGGAGAAGAAAGCCCUGUUGGAUCGUUACCGUUUGAAGGAGACUCAGUUGCCCCGUAUCCGUGUUGAAGAUCCUGUGGCCAAGUACCUGGGUCUGCGCAGAGGUCAGGUCGUCAAGAUCAUCAGAAAGUCAGAGACUGCCGGUCGUUAUGCCAGUUACCGCUGGUGUAUA